CUCCCAGAUGUGGUCCAGGAUGUCCAUUUAAAGGACACUGCAGAAAUAAGAGUCAUGCUUUCUGUAUUGACCCCUUUCGACAUCUACCUGGCGAAUACCUGAUCAGAAAUCACAUGGUGUUUCAUUAUAAAAAAAUUAAUUCAGCCAAAGCAGCUGUAGACACUUCAGUGCCCAAAAGUAGGUUGUCCAGCAUCAAACUUGCUGACCAGCUAAGAAGAGAGAAACUGAAAAAGAAGACAGGCAGGAGGGAAGAGAAAACGAAUGUGUGUGACGCUGUCACUCAGUGCUAUUCAAGAGAUGGCAGAAGGCAGCCACCACCCUGCUGUAGAAGGACUUCCAUGAACGUAGAAGACGGUCUCUUCCCCUGUUCUUGGCAGGCACAGAACCUAUCAAAAGUACCAUGUGCUUAUGGCAAGGAUUGCUGGUUUCACUCCUGUCCAGUAAAACAUAGGAAAUGUUGUCGGUGUACAUCCAGAGCGUCCCACUCAAACUCAAGCACCUGUGUGUCAAGGCCAACAGUUAAACGCACUAUCAUUUCACGCAGUCGCUCUGCCGAGAGUUUGGUGACCGCUGGUUCUUCCCAAAGGGGUCCAGGAAGCAAGCCCAAAGGGAACCGUGGGGAUCCCAGCAAGAGUUUGGUGUCUGUUGCUUGUUCCCCAGGGUGUCCAGGAAACAACCCCAAAGUGAGCUGCGGGGAUCCCAGCAAGAGUUUGGUGUCUGUUGCUUGUUCCCCAGGGUGUCCAGGAAACAACCCCAAAGUGAGCUGCGGGGAUCCCAGCAAGAGUUUGGUGUCUGUUGCUUGUUCCCCAGGGUGUCCAGGAAACAACCCCAAAGUGAGCUGCGGGGAUCCCAGCAAGAGUUUGGUGUCUGUUGCUUGUUCCCCAGGGUGUCCAGGAAACAACCCCAAAGUGAGCUGUGGGGAUCCCAGCAAGAGUUUGGUGUCUGUUGCUUGUUCCCCGAGGUGUCCAGGAAGCAACCCCAAAGCGAGCUGUGGGGAUUCCAUCGAGACUUUUCUGACCGGUUGUUCCAAGAGGUGUCCAGGAAGCAACCCCAAAGCGAGCUGUGGGGAUUCCAUCGAGACUUUUCUGACCGGUUGUUCCAAGAGGUGUCCAGGAAGCAACCCCAAAGCGAGCUGUGGGGAUUCCAUCGAGACUUUUCUGACCGGUUGUUCCAAGAGGUGUCCAGGAAGCAACCCCAAAGCGAGCUGUGGGGAUUCCAUCGAGACUUUUCUGACCGGUUGUUCCAAGAGGUGUCCAGGAAGCAACCCCAAAGCGAGCUGUGGGGAUUCCAUCGAGACUUUUCUGACCGGUUGUUCCAAGAGGUGUCCAGGAAGCAACCCCAAAGCGAGCUGUGGGGAUUCCAUCGAGACUUUUCUGACCGGUUGUUCCAAGAGGUGUCCAGGAAGCAACCCCAAAGCGAGCUGUGGGGAUUCCAUCGAGACUUUUCUGACCGGUUGUUCCAAGAGGUGUCCAGGAAGCAACCCCAAAGCGAGCUGUGGGGAUUCCAUCGAGACUUUUCUGACCGGUUGUUCCAAGAGGUGUCCAGGAAGCAACCCCAAAGCGAGCUGUGGGGAUUCCAUCGAGACUUUUCUGACCGGUUGUUCCAAGAGGUGUCCAGGAAGCAACCCCAAAGCGAGCUGUGGGGAUUCCAUCGAGACUUUUCUGACCGGUUGUUCCAAGAGGUGUCCAGGAAGCAACCCCAAAGCGAGCUGUGGGGAUCUUCUAGAGAGGCACUCUGAAUGCUUCACGAAGAGCGGACUUCCUUUCACUCCACGCACCUUACUCUCAGAUGCUAAAUCCUGCCUGUCACAGUACAGGUAUUACACUCCUCCUCAAAAGAAGAAGAAAAAUCACCGCAAGCACGGUGUGGAAGUUGAAACCCAGACUGAUAUGAUCAGCUUUCCAUCCUCAGACCAAGUGUAUGAGAGAAAAUGUAUGGCUGAAGAGCAGAAGAUGAAAUCAAAGGCUGAAGAUAAAAGAGAUACUUUGGAUAAGCCUGAGAGAGGAAUAGAUGGUUUUGAAUACCCCUGCCAAAGAAAGACGUCACGGUGUCCUCAGAAGUGUUCAUCAAGGAGUACUGUCAAUGAAGAUGAGGAGCUUUCAUAUUUAAGUUUCAUUGAAGAUGUAACAGAUGAAAUUCUUAGAAUUGGGGUAUAUUCUAACAAGGUUCUGAAUCAAGUGUUUGAGAACCAUAUACAAGCAAAUAAGCACCGCCUUGAUGAGGGCAGAAUGCGCCGGAUGUUGGACGUGCUGAAAUCAGACCUUUGCUGUGGCCAGAACAGCGAGCCAGAGCUAAGCCAGGCAGGCCAGGGAGCCAUGGACGUACGGGAGCUUGAGAAGCCAGAAGAGCUCAAGGAUCCCAGUAAAGGUCACAGGCUGAAGAAAGCUCCAAAAAGCGAAGAAUUCUGUGACAGCAUGGACUUCCCACUAAAGGAACCAAACAAAUGUGGAUCACUGUCAUGGAGCGACAGGUCAAGGGAGACACACAGCAGGGAGGUGUCUUCAGAAGGGACCACAGAAACUCUGGGUGCUGGGACAGAGUGUGAUUUCUGUGGUGUGGUAUUUGAAGAAGACACAGACACUCCAUGCACCUAUGCGGCAAGUUUACCCUUGACUUCUUGUGACUCUGAUUUGGACGUCAGUAAGGAACUUGCUGAACUUGAGGCAAGCUUAGCACACACCCUUUGCAUUGCACGUAACUAUUCAUAACAGUAACCAAAACUUGCCUCUUAAACAGGGAUAGAGCUCCUUCUGUGGUUAGCUGCCAUUUGUCAACCAGUAGUAAAUUGUUAUUUUUCUUUAAAUACUGCUAAGAUCUCUCUAGCAGGAUACCAGCAAUUGGACAUUAACCUCUGUGUAAAUUAGACCUUAAAGGGUAAAGUGUCAGUUAUCAGAAAAAUGUUGUAGAUUUUGCCUAGAAUUGUAUAAUUCAAAACAAACUUGAGAAUAUUAAAAUGAGAUUUCUAUUUUUUAGACCUGUAAUAAUAAGUUAUGAAAUUUUUAUUGUUCUAAAUAAAUUAAUUGAUAGUGCAAUAGAUAGUGGUCCUGCUAUAAAGAUCUGAGAUUUUUGUAGUCUGCAAAAAUUCAACAGCUUAACAUAAAUUUAGCAUCAAACAAUGUCCUCUUCCAGAAUGGACAAACAGUUGUACCAUGUAGUGUACUGUGUUACCACUCACAGAAGCCCACAAGAGGAAAAUCUGACUUCUAACAGUUCUAUCUAGAUUAAUGACUGUAGUUUUUUAUUUUCAGUUCUUAACUGAAUGAGACUGCUAAGGUUAAUUUCUUGUACUGAUGAUAGCCAUGGCAUACAUUCUGCAUCAAGCUUUGGUUUUGGAAAAGAAUUGAGUUGCUUACUGUUUGAUGACUAGGACUAUCUGGAAGAAGACACAUCAGGCACCUUGUACAGCAAAUGGAAAAGAGGUGGUGUAUUUUCUGGUUAAAGUUUAAAUUGAAGUCAGCACAUGCAUUGCAUGAAAUCAACCCAAAUGUGAUUGUAUAAUGAGAGUACAGCUAUUGCCUGACAUUCUCGUUGCUGCAGAACGAGUUCAACAGGUUCUGAGGAAAUGUGGCAAAUUACAUUGUCUUGCUGUAGGUGAGGAGCUAGGAGGAGUCUUAGGAGCCAGGAUAAAGCCUGUCCCCUAGUAUCUCCUAGGGUCAGUUUUUAACCUUCUUCCUGCAAGGAGAGGCCCAGGUUGUACCAGUUCUUACAUAACAACUGCCACCACCUGCUUCCACUGUGCCUCAUGAGCAUCGACCUAAGUCUGUGACUCUGUUGGCCAGAUGACCCAUUGCACCUUCAGGUAGCUCCUAUAGACACAGACCACUGCUUCACUUGUGAAGGAUAAACUUUUCAACAAAAAAGAAAUGUCAAAAAACAGCUAGAGGAAGCCAGUCAGAGAAAAACAUGUCUGGCACAAUCACAGCACUGCAGUGCAGAACACAAUUCCCAGAGAAACCAAAAGGCGCUUUACUGGGUGCCUUGUCCACAAUAAUAAAUUGCACUUAAAUGACAGGAGCCCGGAGUUUAUUUUAGCCAAUUACUUGUGGCUGGGUAGAUGGGCACCAGCCUUUCAUGUGCUCCUCUCAGUUGGCUGCCUUGUAAAUCUGACCUGCAGCAUGAGUACUCUGGCUCACUGAAAAGCAGGUGAGAUAAUGUGAGGACUUCUUCAUCCCCCCAUCAGAGCCUGUCAUGUUGAAAAGAUGUGGCCACAGGGCUGAGUCAGUGCAGUGCAGGGAGGGUUUGUCCUCAGUCACAAGCGAUCACAGACCUUCUCCCACCCUCAAGGAAAGUUCUUCUCUAUUCAGUACCCCCAGAGAAGGGGUACCCCCCAGGAAACUGUCAUUUCAACUUUACUAAGAAUUCUGACACACAGGACUGGUUGGAAAACUAAAGAGCGUGGUUAGAUGUACCCAAGUAUAAAGCCUCUUUGCUCCUCAGACAGGACUUCACUCUUGGGGUCCUCCAUUCCAAGUUCUCCAUUCUUGGUCAAUAAUGGGAAUUUUGGGGUUUUUUUCCCCUACCUGUCUUCAGUCUUGUGACUUGUACAUCAUAAAAAUGUCACUCGGCGAACUUUGGCUUCUUGUCAACAUGAGUCUGAUUAAAGAUUAAUAAGAAUUUCACCUGCAAAUUCUGUAAAUGAAAAAAUACUGUAAGAAAACACCGCAGUAGCGAAUUUCAAAGAAAGGCACAAGUAAUGACAUACUAAUUUCCUGUAAUACAUGUAACACAAAAAUAAAUAAAACCAGCUCCUUGACCAUAUUUCCUGUUGAUGAACUGUCUCAACAUCAAUG